UUACAGACAGACAACGUUUCAGUCCAGUAUUUAUGCCUUGCGAUUUUGUGCCCGGGGUUAUUGCGAAAGUACCAGUGAGCCUGUGCGUUUGUGAAGUUUAGUUUUAGUUCUUGUUGUUCCAAAAAAUAUUUUCGGAAAAUUUUAUUUAUUAUUAAAAACAAUGCACCGAGAAGCUGUGGCCGUUUUAUUGAUGGGCUGCCUUUUGGGGUUAAGUGUCCGGACAUCGGACACCAAGGCCGUGGAAAAGAAAGAUGGCCGACCGGAUAUUGCGGCCGCGUCGGACAGCGCCGGACAGCGUCCGGGGAAACUUCAAAAACGAAGUUACGCCAACUACAGACUGAUAGAUCGAAACUAUAUCACCCUCUUGGAAGCUUCCCAGGUAUGGAGGCCAGCCACCUACACCAUCCACAGGCCAUACUACAUUCCAGUAUACUCCGUUCCAAAUAGGUACCCUAUUUUCUACCCACCUCAGCCCGCCUACCACAACACCGGAACCCCAGUUGACAAUCCGCUUUAUCCGCCCUACCGUGGACCACCUUACCUUCCACCUCAGGUACCUUCAAGUACUGCCAAGCCAGAGGAUGUGGGGAACCGCUUUGGAGAUGACAAUGAACGAGAUGACCGACCUGUAUGGGGUGUGGUGAAUGCAGGAUCGAUGGUGGGCAUGCCAUUGAGUAACAACGGCCAGAAUGAAAACGAACCUAUACCGACCAGAUCACCCAUUCCUUCAGCACCACUGCCACCCUUGCAGCACGAGGGCACUACAAACGAAAACGCACCACCAGCAGCGGCUGCAAUUGCCAGACCACAAUCAACUCCCAGUCCACAAGUGGGUCCCAGCAACUGCGUCUGGGCUAUAGUCACCUGCUGCUCAGCUAGCAAUCCCAAAGAUGUAUCCAACACCUGUUUCGAACAAAGAGGAUGUCCUGGACCCUUCUGGGGCUCCAGUCCAUGCGAGAGUGACUUUGCCAGAGGUGCCAUAGCUGCCGCCAUGAAUUACUACAGUAGUGGCAAAUAGGGGGUUGAGUGUUGUUGGUUGGUACUUGAAUGAGUUAGUAUGGGCUUCUGUCAAAGCGUUACACAGUCGUCUCACGUGAGAACAUGUCUCUAAAAUUAACACUUUUAAGUUAUUUGAUAAGUUAAACUCAAAACUUUUCACCAGUAGCUAUUUUGAGAAUGAAUUUAAUCAUUGGAGUAUAACUUUACUUGAUAGGAAGAAUAUCAAACCCUUUUUGUAAAUAGUUUACCAAAUAUCAAAUAGUCGUAACUAACCAACUUAUUUGGUCGAAUUUUUUUUUUAAACUAUAUACAGGGUGGCAUAAAAAUAGCCGUCUUAGUUGUCUAGGAACCAGAGCAGAGUUUUUCACGAGAUGUAUUCUUAUGUGAGUCUGACAGUCUUGAAUUGACUGAAUUCAUAGUGCAGCAGUUUUUGUGAUGAUUUUUUAUGACUAUUGUAAAGAAAUAUGCAUUAUAUUGUUCUUUACAAAAAAAUGUUUAACAAUUAUUACUAUUUUUUCUGGUUCAGAGCAUGGGACUCACAUCAUAUUUUAGUGAGUUAGCUUACAGUCACUUAAAAAAUAAAUAAAAGAAGUUAAAACAAAAUUAAUUUUUGAUUUUAAUAAAGUUGCGUUGGUGGUGCAUACAUAAAAUUGAAAAAAUCAAAUUUUAAAAGUGUUUUAAUAAUUCAAACAUGACUUUGCUAUGCUAGUAACCUACUUGAAUUUGGUGUUAGUGCUAUGCCCAGAACCACAGAUAUAGUACAGAAGAUUUAAAAAAUAGUAAUACAAUUUUACGUUAAUCAUGUUUAACGUAUAAUAUUGUAAAAAUUGUAAAUUAAAAAAUAAGUUUUUAACUGAUUUUGUGUUUUAGAACAAUAUAAUGCAUACAAUGUUCUAUUGAACGAUUUUAGAUAUACUUAUUAUACACAUUAUAUGUGUAUGACAGAUCCUGAUAUACAGAGUGAUCCGCACUGUUCUGCACAUAAAAAUAAAUUAAAAAGUUCGUAAAAA